GUCCUGAGUACUCUGCCCUGCACUCUGCUGAGCUGUGUUCCUAGGCUCUCACUGCAAUGGAAAAGUACCUCUUGUUGCUACUCUUGGGCAUCUUUUUGCGGGUGGGCUUUCUGCAAGCUCUGACAUGUGUCAGCUGUGGAAGGUUGAACUCUUCUGGGAUUUGUGAGACAGCAGAAACCUCCUGUGAAGCUACAAAUAAUAGGAAGUGUGCUUUACGGCUACUCUAUAAAGAUGGCAAAUUCCAAUAUGGCUUCCAGGGAUGUCUUGGAACAUGCUUCAAUUAUACCAAGACCAACAAUAAUAUGGUAAAGGAACAUAAAUGUUGUGAUCACCAAAAUUUGUGUAACAAGCCUUAAAAGCCCUUACCUGCCCUCCCUAUUCUACUUAGAGAUAUUCAUUGCAUCAUGCCACUGGAGCAGGUCAUCAAGCCUUCUACUGAACCAUAUCUUUAGCUCCACACCUACUUUCUAAAUAAUAUACCAAAGUAGUGUACCCAUGCUAUAUGUAUACUUCUGUUUUCUGUUGGGUACCUUGCAAUGCAUUCUAUGCCUCAUUAAAUGGAUUUCAUUGUACAAUAUGCAUUCUUAUAUUAUACUCAAUUAAACUUGUUUUGCACUUA